AUGCUUGUUGCAAACUCCGCCCUCAUAAAUGACAUCUCCUCUAGUAGGUCUCGAAUCACCGCCAGCUGGAAGCUUUUUAAUCUCUUGAUUUCACUGAUGAUCUAUCAGGAGAAGAAUACAAGAUGGAUUCCAUGCGGGCCCUAUGCGUUCAUCAUUUGCCUGUAUUAA